AUGGCCGCCCCCCUGGUUACGUGCGCAUGCAGAACCUGCUCGAAGGCCCGCGUAACGCUCGAGAGAAUCUUCAACGUGUUAGACACGUACGGCUGGUUGUUAGACUCGUAUGUCGUGGACUUCUUCCAAGAGGAAUUGUGGAGGAAACUGCCGAGGUGCUGGAGGGCCACUUUGCAAACCGUGUCGCCGGACGAAUUCGGAAAAUGGUUGGCUGGCGACAUCUCGUGCUCACGCGUAUGGCCAUUGUCGUUGCUCACACUUCGACAAGUUGCCAAGAAUUUGCAGCUGAACAGAGAUCAUCGAAAUGAUAAAAGCAUCUGGCGAUGCGAUGGACGGAAAAAGACUGAUAAUAGUUCGAAAAAACUUACCUUGGAAUGUAAAAGUGAAGAAUUACAUAACAAUUCACAGAAUAAAUAUAAUCUUUUUUUAAAACAUGUUAAAAUUAAAAAACGCCAUGAGAUUCGACAGAUAACGCAGGAAUGCACAGACUGUGCACGAGAGUCCAAUGCUAAAUGUCUUGUAGAUGUUGGAGCAGGCGUGGGUCAUUUAGCCAGAUCUCUAGCAUUUAAAUCUGGUCUACACGUAAUAUGUAUCGAACAAGACGCAUUACUGUCACAGCAAGCCAGAAAAUGGGAUAAGGAAUUAUUAGUGUCUCUAUCUAAACGUUUGCCUGAUCUGACAGUAAAUCUGCCACAGCACAUAUCAAUAAAACUGGAGGAUACUAACUCUGAUCUAUCAGGGACAAUCAGGGAUAUAAGAAGAAUUUUCGCUGAUAAUUUCAACUUAAGUGAGAAAAAAUCGGAGUUUGGCAUUGUGGGGCUGCAUCCAUGUGGAGAUCUCGCGGCCACGUUGCUGAGACUUUACGCAUCUCAGCGCGAGACAAGAUUCAUUUGUAUUGUAGGGUGUUGUUACAUGAAACUGACGUUAGAAAAUCCGGCGGAUGUUCCAAAAGGAUAUCCACUCAGUAAAUAUCUAUCUUCAUUUACAAAACACAAAUUGUCCUACACAGCGUUAGAAGUGGCAUGUCAUGCUAUUGAGACCUACUGCGACAAAUUGAAGACUGGGAACUACGAAGAUUUGAUAGUACAUGCUUAUAGAGCUGCUUUAGAAACCAUUUUAAUAAAACGAAACAUCCAGCUACGUCACACUCAAGUGAGGAACGUCAAAGUGACGAAACCUGUUACGUUUGAACAAUAUUGCAUGGCUGCAACUGCAGAUUUCGAGCCGAAUCUCCGGCCUGAAGAUUCAGAUUUUCAAAAUCCACAAAUAAAAUGUUAUCUGAAUCAGUGGCAGCAGAUUGUGAUAUUCGGAGCGUUGCGUACAAUGAUAGCACCAUUGGUGGAGACUGUGGUGUUGUUAGACAGAUUCCUGUAUCUAUCUGAAAGUGAUUUAUCUCCCAUAUUGAAGCCCAUUUUCGAUCCCAGAUUGUCUCCUCGAAAUUUUUUAUUGUCGUCGAUAAAGAAUACUGAACAAUCGUUCUUUUGA